AUGGCACAAUCAACUGCCCACCGCCGUCUCCUCCAGGAGUACCGCGCUUUGACAAACAACCCGCCGGACGGCAUCACCGCCGGCCCCGUGAACGAAGAUGAUCUCCUUCACUGGGAGGCCAUGAUCCAGGGCCCUGAGGGCACGCCCUUCGAGGGCGGCGUCUUCCCCGCCGAGCUGCGCUUCCCCAAGGACUAUCCGCUCGCACCGCCGACGAUGAAAUUCCUAGGCGAGAUUUGGCACCCAAAUGUCUACCCGAGCGGCCUCGUCUGCAUCUCGAUCCUCCACCCACCCGGCGAUGACCCCAACCACUACGAGCACGCAUCCGAGCGGUGGUCUCCCAUCCAGUCGGUCGAGAAGGUCUUGAUUUCCGUCAUGAGCAUGCUGGCCGAGCCCAACGACGAAAGUCCUGCCAACGUCGAGGCGGCAAAGAUGUGGCGGGAGCGCAGGGGCGAUUACGAACAAAAGGUUCGCGACUCUGUCCGUAGAAGCCUGGGCUUGUAA